UUAAUGCCUGUUUUAUUACGACGAAGAGACGACAGUCAUCAAGUUCUGUAAUAAUUUCACGUAAUCUCUCCGCGUCAUCGCAGCGUGCGAAAUAUGCAGUGGAAAAGAUGACAGUGCGAACACCAUAGUGAUUUUUCCACAGCACGCAAGCGCUGCUGAUGCUGCUGCUAGCUGCUACCACCGAAUAAUUUCAAGGGGCGUCAACGGGUUUCCUCCACCCGGCCGAUUGCCCGUGCAGAAGCGACUGAGCAGAGGCUCGUACCCGUAUUUGUGUGCCUAAAUCGUCGGAGAAAGUGAUGUCUUUUGGAUGGAAAUAACCUACUUAGGUUCAUCGUAUAUAGUUUUCUCAGACUAGACUGUUAAUAUGUAAUUUGGAUAUAUCCAGGACUUUCGCAUCUUUCGUUGGAGACAGUCGUAAAUUGGAAAACGCAAUCAUGCAACGCCAACGAACCGGUCCGGUCAAUAAUGCUGCUUCGGCAGGGACUGGCAGUAGCGGUACCUACGUUACUGGGACCGUUCCUCUGUCUCGCCCUGGUCCAACAACCAGGCCCCCGGCAGCUGCAGGCAGCACCACCACCCCAGCUGUUGCUGCUGCUACCACAACUACCACAGCUCCUCCCAGCAACAACGCAGCUGCAGCGCCAGACCCACCUGGUCCAGACCAGGACGGGGCAGUCGCAAAACAGCCCCUCAGUAAUGCUUGGGUUCAAGCCUUAGCUGCUGCCAAUACUGCCAACAGCAUGAAAUAUGGCAAGAAGAAGCAGCACAUUGGGGCGCCCACGCGGCCCCCAAGGUCGCUCUUCUGUCUUACCUUGGACAAUCCCAUGCGACGGAUGUGUAUCAGCAUUGUGGAGUGGAAAUAUCCUUUUCAAAAAAGAAAAAAAAUGCCAUGA